GGAACCCUCCAUCUUAACCCUGCCCUGCAUCCAUACUCAGUACCCAAUACAAAAGUGAUUUACUGAUCUAUUUCCGAUGCUGGGUCAAUUCUAUUGCCGCUUUGAACUACAUUCAUCAUGGACUCAAUGCUUAUUCUUUUCGAGUAUUUUUGGAUGGGGCCCCCAUACCCUAGUCCAUUGGCCCCUCAAGCUCACUGUAAGCGCCAGCUUCUUACGUGAGGACCUAAUCUCUGCAUAUCAACCCUUUGAAGAUUUCAAAACCCUUCAAAUAUCUGGACAACCCUAAGAAUUGGCUGUAGCUCAAAGACAAACUUUCCUCUUCAACAAAAUAUCUAUCAAAACCAUCUUGGCGUCGACCGCAACGUUCCAGAUACUCAUUUGUGAGAAAGGAAGCUUUACGGAAAAAUAACGGUGACGCAUGAACCUGCAGCAUAAUCCCACCAAGUAAUUCCGUCAUCAUGGCCGACAGUGUAUCCAUUAUCAUCGCCGUUGUUUCCCUGGUGGGCUCACUUGUGGCAGCAGGUUUCACAGGAUGGAUCUCAUAUUAUUUGGACCAAGCCAAACAACGUAAAGCCACUAAAGCCUUGAUUCACAAAUAUCGAGAUCCUCUCACACUUGCUGCAUACGAUCUUCAAUCUCGAAUUUGGGGUCUUGUAAAUACAUUACUUGAUUAUUAUGAAGAUGAAGAGAAGCAAGAGAACAUAUAUGUUUACACCGCCUUUUUGAUCGGCCAAUACCUUUCGUGGACAUAUAUUUUACGUCGACAAGCACAAUUCAUGCAAUUUUCCACGGAAAAAACAAAUCAACAACUUAACAAAAUUCUGGACGCUAUUACAGAGCAAUUCAGCUGGGACAGACACGCAGGAGAGGAUCCAUUCAUGCUAUGGCGCGGACAACAGAUGGCCAUUGGAGAAGUAAUGACUAUGCAAGAAGAAAAGGAACAACUUUAUUGCAUGGGAUUUGCUGCAUUUGCAAAGAAAUACCAUACCGACGCCGAUUUCAAGAAGUGGUUCCUACCAAUUGAAAGGGGUGUCAAUAUGCUUGUGGAUGCACGCCGACGACAAGAUCCCAUUGCCACUUUCAGAUUGCGUCGAUUACAACAUCUCUUGAUUGAUUUGGUCCUUCUUUUAGAGUUUCAUCGUGCGACAAAUGGAUCAAAUACGCAAUUGAAAGUUGAUGCUGCUGCAUAUGAAUGCAAGUGCGAGAAUUGUCCAGGUGUUCUUGUUUCACACCCGACUGAAAAGCUACCAGUAUAAUGCUUUGAUCUGGAAGCGGCAAUUGCUUUCUCAUCCAGGGAUCCACCGAAUCCCAGCUCCCUUGGAUGACUCUGAGGAAGGAGAUAUGGGCAAUUGGUAGUUUUUGAAAAUUUUGACGAUGAAUACGACAAGAGGAGGAUCCCAUUCGAUCAUUUGAUACGGAUCCAUAUGCUUCAGCAGUUGCUGGUGAUGCUGUCGAUGGUACUGAUGAUCUGCGUUGAGACACUUGAUAUGGUACAAUACGAAGUUAUGAAUAUGUUAGUUUGCACACAUUGUGUUAUGAUGGACUUUGAGGAGUUGGUGAUUUGGGAUAAGAUACCCAAAUAUAAGGAAGGAGAUGAAAUGAGCUCAAUAUGUAUUGGUGAAUUCUUUGCUUGAAUACCUA